GGGUAUCCAAUGCCUUGAUUUUUGCUGAAAUGGGGCGAAAUUUGUUGGUUGCUAGCUUGAAACUUCUUGGUGGGUGCAUGUGAUAGCUCGACAUAUAUUCGAGUCUAUGGUCUGGGUUAUCUUAUCUUGAUCUCGCUACUGCAUGAAAAACAUACAAGUUCAUUUGUCUUUCAAGUAAUUAGAGUGAACCCUGAGAGAAGAAGAAACCAGAUUAGCUCAGUUACCAUUGGUAAUUAACUUCUGAUUCACUGCCAGUAAAUCGGAACAAUCAGCAGAUCUUAUUACCAUGUAAGCAGAUUUUUAAUUUUCUCUCUCGUAAAAAAGAAAUUCUGCAAGUUCAUGCAAUGAGUGAAAUUCACGACAAUGUGUGAAGAGGGAGACCGGAUUUUUUAGCUCUAUCCGACAGAUCUGAUCAAAGCCUCUCAUCAGUUCCAGUUGAUGGCUUCGUCUUCCAACAUUCCAGAAGUAAAGUAUGAUGUUUUCCUUAGUUUUAGAGGCGAGGACACCCGGAAUAAUUUUACAUGCCAUCUUAACGCAGCUUUGUGUGGUAAAAAGAUUCAAACUUUCAUCGAUGACAAACUCGACAGAGGAGAAGAAAUUUCACCAUCUCUAUUGAAGGCAAUUGAACAGUCAAAAAUUUCCAUUAUCAUUUUGUCAGAAAAUUAUGCCUCUUCCAGCUGGUGUUUAGAAGAACUUGCAAAGAUCCUUGACUGCAAAAAGAUGGUAAUACCAAUUUUCUAUCACGUUGAUCCAUCACAUGUAAGGAAUCAAACUGGAGCUUUUGGGGGAGCAUUUGCCGCACUCGAAAAGCGCUUUGAGGAGAGGUUAGAUAUACUACAGAGAUGGAAGACUUCUUUGACGGAAGUAGCCAAUCUCUCUGGAUGGACUACUGAUAGCAAGAAGUCUGAAUUUAAACUCAUAGGAGAAAUUGUUACAGACAUAUUAAAGAGACUAACAAAAAUGUCUCCAAGUAAUCAUAACGACUUAAUUGGAGUAUAUUCUACCAUCAAAAAAAUUGAGUCUUUGUUGGAAAUUGGGUUCAAUGAUGUUCGUAUCAUGGGGAUUUGGGGCCUUGGUGGAAUAGGCAAGACAUCUAUUAGUCGUGCAAUAUUUAACAAAUAUUGGAGUGAUUUUGAAGGUUCUUUCUUCGCUGAAAAUGUUAGGGAAGAAUCAGAUAAAAGUAGGGGACUAACUUCCAUGCGUAAAGAACUUCUUUCCGCAAUAUUAGGGGAUAGAAAUGCCAAUCUACAACUCACCAACACAAAAGAAAGACUUGUCCGUAAGAAAGUUCUCAUUGUUUUUGAUGAUGUGACUUCUUUAAACCAAAUAGAAAAUUUAAUUAGAGAUCCCAAAUGUUUAGGUUUAGGAAGUCGAAUUAUUAUAACAUCACGGGAUAAACAAGUUCUUAAAAAUUGUGGGGCAGAUCAAAUAUACAAGCUUCAGGGACUACUUCAUGAUGAAGCUUUUCAGCUUUUCAGCCAUCAUGCCUUUGGACACAAUGGGUGUACAAAUAAAGAAUACAUGGAAUUAUCAGAAAGGAUAGUAACAUAUGCUAAAGGUGUCCCAUUAGCUCUCAAAGUUUUAGGCUCUUCUUUAUUAGGAAAGACAAAGAGAGAAUGGGAAAGUGCAACGAAAAAAUUAGAAACAAGUCUUCAUAAGGAUAUCCAAAAUGUGUUGAAAAUAAGCUUUGAUGGAUUAGAUUAUGAAGAGAAGCAAAUAUUCUUAGAUAUUGCAUGCUUCUUUAGGGGGCAAGAUAAAGGUCUUGUAAUAGAUGUCAUGGAUUCUUGUGGCUACUCUACAGAGAUUGGGUUAAGUGUUCUUAUUGAUAAGUCUCUUGUUAUUGUCUUGUAUAAUAAUAAGAUAAUAAUUCAUGAUUUACUUGAAGAAAUGGGUAGAGAAAUUGUCCAACAAGAAUCUAUUGAAGAUCCUGGUAAACGCAGUCGUUUAUUUCACCAUGAAGAUGUAUAUCAUGUUUUGACAAAAAAUAAGGGGACCGAGACAAUUAAAAACAUACAUCUAGAUGUAUUUCGAGUAAGAGAAAUGCACUUAACUCCCCACGUUUUUUCAAAGAUGCAAAACCUAAAAUAUCUCAAAGUCUAUAGCUCGUACUAUGGAGAGGGUUUUAAUAAACUGUAUGGAUUUCAAGACGUGGAAUUUGAAUUCCUUGAGCUAAAGUACCUCUCAUGGCCUAGGUAUGCAUGGAGAUCAUUGCCUCUGAAAUUUCAUCCAAAUAAUCUUGUUGCACUUGAGAUGCCUCAAAGCAACAUUGAACAACUUUGGCCCGGGGUCCAGAAUAUUGUAAAUUUAAAACAUAUUGACCUCAGUGGAUCCAAGUAUUUACUCAAAUGUCCUGACCUUUCAUUGGCCAAAAAUCUUGAGAUUCUAAAUUUAAGAGGCUGUACAAGUUUGAUUGAGAUUCACUCAUCUAUUCGGUAUCUCAAUAAGCUUUCUACCUUAGAUUUGACAUAUUGCAUAAGCCUUUGCAGUAUUCCAUCAGAAAUUUAUUCGAAAUCUUUGCGAGUAGUUUUUUUCACUUGCUGCUCAAAAUUGGAUGCAGUGCCUAGUCUGUCAUGUAAUGUUGAAGAGUUACACUUAUAUGGAACUAAAAUUAGAGAAUUGCCUUCAUCAAUUGAGAAUCUAUCUAAAUUAGUAACUUUGAAUCUUUCCAAUUGUACAAGGCUUGAGAGUCUUCCUAGCAGCAUUUAUAAGUUGAAGUCUCUUGAAAAUCUUCAUCUUACUUGGUGCUCAAAUCUCAAGUUAGUUCCAAAGUUGUCAUGUAACAUACAAAAAUUAUAUUUAGAAGGUACUGCAAUUAAGGAAUUGCCCUCAUCAAUUGAGUGUCUAUUGAGACUAAAAAUUCUGAUUCUUAAGGAUUGCUCAAGGCUUGAGAAUCUGCCAAGCAAUAUUUUUAGUUUGAAUGCUAUUGAAGAUAUCUAUCUCUCUGGUUGCUCAAGUCUUACGAUAGUUUCAAGCUUCCCAUGUAAUAUUAAGAGGUUAUGUUUAGAUGGAAGCGCGAUACAAGAACUACCCCUGUCAAUUCAGUCUCUAUCUAAACUAGAGAGAUUGAAUCUUGCAGAUUGUUGGAGGCUUAAGAGUCUUCCGAGCAGCAUUGGUAAGCUGAAGUCUCUUAAAUAUGUUAAUCUCUCUGGUUGUUGGAAACUUAACAGUUUGCCUGAUGAGAUAGGAAAUUUAGAAGCUUUGAUUGAACUUGAUGCUUCUGGUAGUGGUAUAAGGGAAGUGGCUCCUUUAUCAGGUUUGCAAUGUCUCAAGUAUCUAAAUCUAUUUGAUUGUGGUAUCACUGAGUUACCCAGCAGUCUUGGCCAAUUAACCUCACUAGAAAGCUUGAAUACAGGCAGAAACAAAUUUGAGAGCAUACCGGCAAGCAUCAUAAAUCUUUCUAAUUUGUCCCGGCUUCGUUUGUGGGACUGUGAUGUGCUUAAAUCCUUACCAGAGCUUCCAUCAAGCAUACAACUUAUAGAAGCAUGGAAUUGUAAAUCACUUGAAUUAUUAUGUGGUUUAUCAAUUUUAUCGUCCACUACAGGGAGGUUUAAGGCAAUUAAUUUCGUCAAUUGUUUUAAACUGGAUCAGAGUGCCCUUGAAGACAUUGUGAAAUCUGCUCUACAAAAUAUUCAACAAAGUGCAACUGGAUCAACGAGUUUCCGACAUGAUCCAGAUGGCUAUAUAUGUUUUCCUGGAAGUUCAAUUCCAGAGUGGUUUACCUUCCGAACUAAGGGAUCGUUUAUUGAGCUGCCACCGGGCUGUUUGAAUGAUGGCCUACUGGGUUUAUCUUUCUGCAUUGUUAUAUCACUCCAAAACGAUCAUAAUCCGAUCGAAAAGUUGAUAGUUUACUGUGAGGUGCAUGUCAAAUCACAUGGUGGGCAAUAUGAGAAAAAGGCUGGAAAGUACUGGGAACCUUGGCUCCUUCAGUCGUUUAUUGACUCAGACCACAUAUUCAUUGGAUGCACAGAUUUUUGGUAUUCGUCCACUUGGUUGUCUAUCAAUAGUGAAGUUCUGUUUCAUUUCUUUAUUGGAGAUAGGGACGGUAGACGUCUUGAAUGUAACGAGGCGAAAGAGUGUGGCGUCUUGUUCCACGUUCCACAGCGGACCUAGAAAUGAAAUUUAGGAGGGCAAGAGUAAAAUAAUUUCAUCAAUGGUGUUAUGUAAAAAUCUUUAAGUGUUAUUAUUUGUCUAAUUAUUAGUUCAAAAUUUUGUUGUGCUUUUAACAGAUUCUUCAUCGAUGGAUGUUAUAUGAUAAAAAAAGUUAGUGGUAAA